GCAUGCACAGUGGCGCGGCGGGCGUCUGCGAUUGCGGGUAGGAGCCGCGAAGAGCACGGUGCGGGCCCGGCUGCUGGGGGAUGAAGGUGCGCCGGGAGCGUUCGGCCAGGGCGGCGGCGGCGGCGCAGCCGGGAGAGCCGUGGCGGGGCGUGGGCGGCUGGCAGUGAGUGGAGGUGGUCCCCCAGGCCCCGGCUUUUGGGCGGGCACUCGCUUCCGGCCCGACCGCACGUCCUCGCAAGACUCCGCCGGUCGGUGGCUGCCGCCCUCUGGCUCUGUUUCUGUGCAGGCCUCUCUUCCCACGCACUGCGUACCCGCCCCAAGGAAUGGCCCAAGUCCUGUCCACUCUCAGGAGCCAGCUCAGCUCCAGAAACUCCUCGGGAUCCAGGCUAAGGGGCGAGUUCUGAACCCACUUCCUUCGCGAUGUCCAGUGGUGGGCAGGGACAGGGGUCUCACAAGAAAAGGCGGACUCCAGUGACCCCGCUCACGAAACCCUGCCCUGACCGCAAGAAGGCUCCUUGGAAUCCUGAUUCUUCCCUCCGGGAGUAGCUCCCCUGUACACAGCUGUAGGGGCAUCUUGAUAUGCAUUUCUGGUUGGGACUGUGCCUACGAGUGGAAUCGCUGGGUGACAGGUCGUCCUGUUGUUGAGCUUCAGUAAAUGCUGCCAAACAGUUUUCCAAAGUGCUUACUCUACUUUGUUCUCCUACAAGUAGUAUGUGAGAGUUCCACUUGCUCUACAUUCUUGCCAAUACAAAGGUGUUAUGAAUCCUUUCAAUUGUAGCCAUUCUGGUGGCUCCAGUGGCACAGAACUGAAUUCUGAAAGAAACUCAUUUUUCUGGCCAGAGAAAUUAGGGAAAAAAGCUGCUGGGUGCCAAAAAAUGUGGGGGAAAUCCUGGUGAGGAAAGAGCUAAAGAAGAGGAUCCUCAAAUUCCAUGUAUAAACUGAGAUAUGGCGGGAACCAUACCCAUGGAGUCGAACAGCUGAGGUCUCGCAACCAUUGAUGUCAACAUCCGGGCAUCCAGCCUAAGGAGAUCCCUCUGAAGGGUCAUAGAGACUGGGGAUUAAGCCCAUCAGAGCCUGGGACACGAGAUUGAAGAUGACAGCUCAGAAAAUUCCUGAGGAAGAACAAUCCUGUGGCAUGGAAAUGGAAGGAUUUACGAGAGAGGGUUCCUGUUUCUCCAUUCUAGGUGACAAUUGGGACUGCAGGAACCAGGACGGACAUUUGAGGCAAUCAACUUCAAGUCAGGAGAAACUAGGGGCUCAGGAAGCAAUUUGUGAAUAUCCUGGAUUUGGGGAGCAUUUGAGUACAAGCUUAGAUGUUCCACCUUCUCAGAGAGUUCCUGCAACAAAUGGUUUCCAUAUACCUGACUCAGAUGUUAAGAGUUUUGUUUGUGACCCAGCUUUACACAGUUGUCAGAAAAGUUACAUAGCUAAGAGAACUGGUGACAAUGAUGCCUGUGGAAAAGCCUUCAACCAUUCCGUGGACGUUAGUCAAUUUGGAAGAAGUCAAAUAAGAGAGAAACCUUAUAAAUAUCCUGAAAGUGUUAAAUCUUUCAACCAUUUUACUCCUCUUGGUGAACAAAAAGUAAUGAAAAGAGGGAAGAAGCUGUAUGAAGGUAAGGUCUUUGGAGACAUCUUUACUCUGAGUUCAUCUCUGAAUGAAAACAGGAGGAGUCACCCUGGAGAGAAACUAUACAAGUGCUCUGAAUGUGGGAAGUGCUUCAAACGGAACUCCUCUCUUGUCUUACAUCACCGAACUCACACUGGAGAGAGACCUUAUACCUGUAACGAGUGUGGAAAAUCCUUCUCCAAGAACUACAACCUGAUUGUGCAUCAGAGAAUCCAUACAGGAGAGAAGCCCUAUAAAUGCAGUAAAUGUGGGAAAGCCUUCAGUGAUGGGUCAGCUCUGACACAACACCAGAGAAUUCACACUGGGGAGAAGCCUUAUGAAUGUCUAGACUGUGGAAAAACCUUCAACCGAAAUUCAUCCUUGAUUUUGCAUCAAAGGACUCAUACAGGGGAAAAACCUUAUAGAUGUAAUGAGUGUGGGAAACCUUUCACCGACAUCUCCCACCUCACUGUGCAUCUCAGAAUCCAUACUGGGGAGAAGCCCUAUGAAUGUAGCAAAUGCGGAAAGGCUUUCCGGGAUGGCUCUUAUCUCACCCAGCACGAGAGGACUCACACUGGAGAGAAGCCCUUUGAAUGUGUGGAGUGCGGGAAAUCCUUCAACCGUAACUCUCACCUGAUCGUGCAUCAGAAAAUCCAUUCUGGGGAGAAACCCUACGAAUGUAAAGAGUGUGGGAAAACUUUCAUCGAGAGCGCUUACCUCAUCAGGCACCAGAGAAUUCACACUGGCGAGAAGCCCUAUGGCUGUGACCAGUGUCAGAAACUUUUCAGGAACAUUGCUGGCCUCAUCCGGCACCAGAGGACUCAUACUGGUGAGAAGCCCUAUGAGUGUAAUCAGUGUGGCAAAGCUUUCAGGGACAGCUCCUGUCUGACCAAGCACCAGAGAAUCCACACUAAGGAGACCCCAUACCAAUGUCCAGAAUGCGGAAAGUCUUUCAAGCAGAACUCUCACCUGGCAGUACAUCAGAGACUCCAUAGCAGGGAGGGUCCCAGCCAGUGUCCUCAGUGUGGGAAAUCGUUCAGAAGGGGCUCCUCCCUCCUCCGACAUCAAAGAGCACACCCUGGAGAGCAACCCAUGGAAGCAUAAUGAAUGUGGGCCACCCUCAUCUCCUGACUUGCUCUCAAAAAUUCUGUGAAGGAGGAAUGUCUUCAGGGGUGACUCUUUCAUGUCAAUAGAAAAGAAUUCUUUAAGCUCUUCAAUGAACUGAUGAAUGUGAGAUGUUCCUUAGCUGUACUAUUAAGUCUAUACAUUAGGGAAGUCCUGGAGAGAAUAUAGGAUGGUGAUAAAUAUGGAAAUAGCUUCAGCCUGUCCCAAAUGUGAUAGUGCACACACUGGAAUAAAGCCUGUGAAUGUCAAGAAUAUACUUCCCUGGGGAUACCUACUCACUCCUGCAUCAGAAUGCUUAACUGGACAGAACCUGUGAGUGUGUUCAGUGAGUAAUCAGGAUGAGGAAUCCUUUAAUAACGAGUCUGCCUUAUCGUGCAAAAGCAGACUCUUACUAGAAUCAAGUGGAAUCAGUGAGAGAAGCUUCCAGCAGCAGCUCUUACUGUCUUUUCUGUAUCAGUAAAGACAUCCUGGUGAGAGACCCCACAUGACACUCCACCCCACAGCAACCACAGAAUGAUAGUGAGAUUUUGCUGUUUGAACGUAUUUCCAUGUUACAGUCCUGCCAGAUGCUGAGGACUCCUUUUGGGAGGCAGAGCUUCAGGAGGAAGUUGCUUGUGAAUGAACAGUGACAUCAUCCCUCUUAAGAAAAGACUGUAGCAGUCUUGUACUAGGACGGAAAGGUCUGCUGCUAAGAAUGUGAUGGCAUUGCUCUAGUUGUUGAAAGGAAAACAUACUGAGUUGUUAUGUUUACAUUAUCACUCCCAUUGUUGUUCACUUAGGACACUUCUGAUUUGUUCCAUGUAGCCAUCCUGAACCAUAAAUGUAAAGGUUUUGUUGCCAUGUUGGAAAUGCUUGUAAUAGGGCAGGUGACAAAAAAAGGGCAGAACAUAGAAGAUUUGCUGUUAUUACAGCUAUGUAAAGAUAUGUGCACAUAUAGAUGUAGACUGAAAGUUGAUCAUGGAGAAAUAAACUUGUGGUUUUAUUAGGGGACUGCAAA